AUGGGAGUGGGUGAGUGUUUUGGUUCUAAAGAACCAGAGGCUGAGCUUGAAGAGCUCAGCGUCGCAUUGGCGUUAAUAGUGGACAUAGCUCCACCAAUAGAAUUUUGGCUUGAGCAUGCAGCAAUCGGAGAUUGUUUGGACUUUUUGGGAGUCCAUUUUGGGUUCCAGAAAGACAAUGUGAGAAACCAGAGGGAGCACGUCGUCUUCCUUCUGGUGAACUCUCACUCUUGGUUUUCAAUUCCUUCCGCUUUGAACUUGACUUUGACGUACAUUGCUUCCUUCACAGCCUCCUUCAAGCUCAGAAAAAACCUUCUUCACGUCGAACCUCCACAACCUGCUCGCACGCUCGCACACUCAUCGGUUCACAACCUCCACAGCCUCCUUCCUCUCUUCCUUCACGCCGAACCUCCACCACCGCCACACAGAUCGCUGGUUCACGCCAUUCCUCUGUUUCCUCUCUUCCUUCACACUGAACCUCCACCACCGCCACACAGAUCGCCGGAGCAGAACGAUUUCGAAGAAGAAGAGUUCGCUGGAGCUUGGAAACAAACCAGAGCCGCCGUGAGCUACGAUCCAAAGGUUGCAGAAUGUCAAAGGCAAAUAUUAGAAGCAGGAGAAAUGGUUGAAGAAGCGAAGCGCUCACUAGGGAUAAAUGUGGAUGGAAUUGAAGAUGGAGAUGCUUUUUUGGAGAAAGAAAACGAAGAAAUUGACAGAAGUGGACCACCUUUGGAACUAAAUACUGGAAGCUUCUUAUCACAUGCUUUUGAUGGAGCCGUAAAUGUGUCUGAGAAUCUUUUCCUUUUUGUUUUUGCUUCUGUUGGUCUAUAGUAUUGUUUUAAGAUGAAGCUACUUAGUCCUUUUCCUAUCAAAAAAUCAAUUUCAAGGUUAUGUCCAUAUGUGCUAGAUACCAUAUUUUGAAGAUGGUUAUACAAUUGCUAUAUCAAACUUAAAAGCUAUAAUAUGUAAUAUAUGCAAAAUUCGUGUCUUAUAAAAAGUGGCACCCAUUUAGAAUU